AGACGUCAACCCUAAAGUCUGUAUAGUAGUUGUGGUUCGAAAGAUGCUCGGAGAUUUCAUUACAAGAAUCAUAAUAUUGCUUGUGGGUUACGCGUACCCUGCAUAUGGAUGCUACAAAAGCGUGGAAAAGAAAAAGCUUGAGAUUCACGAACUUCGAUACUGGUGCAAAUAUUGGAUCUUGGUUGGUCUUCUUACAGUGUUCGAAAGGAUAGGAGACAUCAUUGUAUCAUGGUUACCACUCUACGGAGAGAUCAAAAUCGCUCUUCUCAUCUACCUAUGGUACCCUAAAUCACAGGGUAUCAGCUAUGUCUACGAAGUUCUACUAUGUCCAUACAUGUCAAAGCAUGAACUGGACAUCGACAAAGGGAUCUCGGUCUUAAAGAGCAGAGGACAUUAUCUAAUCGUUCAACUAUUGCAAUGUGGCUAUCACUGGACUCUCCAAAUCUUCAGGCAAUUGCAAAAACAAUUCUAUAUCGAUAAGAAACUAAAUGUAUCAAAGUCAAAAGACAGACAACAAACAAGAACCUCGUUUAUGUUUCUCCGUUAGCAGCCACUCUAAACCACAAUCCCGAUAACCGGGAAUUUAGCCGCUGGUUCACCGGAA